AUGUUUGAAAAUGUUAUACCAAUCCUAACUGCUAGAAUACCGAUCAUUAAAGCAAAGCAUUCUCAAUCUGGCACUGAAAUUGACAUUAGCCUAAAUAAUAUUCUGCCUCUUGAAAAUACUCGACUACUAAAAACGUACUCAGAUAUUGAUCCACGCGUACGUGAACUUGGUGUUAUGGUGAAAUAUUUUGCAAAAUUGCGUGAUCCUAAAUCAAUCGAAUCUCCGAUCACUCAAACAUGCGUCGGUUGGAAUGUGUAUUUCUAUAAUGAUUUAACAAAACUUAACAAAAUAUGGAAUAAUUAUGGAUUGAACAAAUUAUCAUCAGGUGAUUUAUGGAUUGAAUUCUUACGGUAUUACACCGAACGAUUUGAUUAUAAUAAAAAUAUUGUAACCAUUCGACAGUUUAAACCCUUAUUACGUACGGAAAAUGGAUGGUUUCAUCCAACUAUUGCUAUCGAAGAUCCAUUGAUGUUCACUCAUAAUUUAGCUGCUAAAUUAUCCGUAAAAAAUUGGACUGAAAUUCUUCGUGUUUUUAUUUUUGCUCGGCAACGAUUCUAUUUACAACCUGAAAGCAUCGAUUUCAAUAUAAGCAAACCGAACAUGAAGGCAUUGCAGGUCGGAUUAACUCUAGUUGCUCAAGCUAUAUGA